AGGCACUGAAAAAAGGAUCCUGCUCCAGAAAGCUAGAGGAAUAGUCGGGCCUUGGAGAAACCACAGGACCCCAGAACUGUUUAACCCAGCUACAGUACUUGGAGAGAGAGCUUUGAAGUGGGAAGAGGCUUCGUUUGAAAUAUAAAGACGAUUCUUGAACAGCAUAGCGAAACCCAAAAUGUCCUCUAUAGAUCCUUAUCAACACAUUAUAGUGGAACACCAGUACUCUCACAAGUUCACCGUGAUUGUUUUACGAGCCACCAAGGUGACUAAAGGUGCCUUUGGUGACUUGCUUGACACCCCUGAUCCCUAUGUGGAACUUUUCAUCUCUUCGACCCCGGACAGCAGAAAACGAACGAGACACUUCAACAAUAAUGUGAACCCCGUGUGGAAUGAAACUUUUGAAUUCAUUUUGGAUCCCAACUUGGAGAAUAUUUUGGAGAUUACUUUAAUGGAUGCCAACUAUGUGAUGGAUGAAACACUGGGCACAGCAACAUUCCCAAUAUCCUCCAUGAAAGUCGGAGAGAAAAAAGAAGUUCCCUUCAUUUUCAAUGCUGUAACUGAGAUGUUCUUGGAAGUGUCUCUUGAAGUUUGCCCUUCUCCGGAUCUCCGGUUCAGCAUGGCUCUGUGUGACCAGGAGAAGAUUUUCAGGCAACAGAGGAAAGAGAACAUAAAGGAGAAUAUGAAAAAGCUCUUAGGCCCUGAAAAUAGUGAAGGCUUGUGCUCAUCACGUGAUGUGCCAGUGAUAGCCAUUCUGGGUUCUGGAGGAGGAUUUCGGGCCAUGGUGGGAUUUUCUGGCGUUAUGAAGGCACUCUAUGAAUCUGGAAUUUUGGAUUGUGCUACAUAUGUAGCUGGACUUUCUGGAUCUACAUGGUACAUGUCAGCUUUAUAUUCACAUCCCGAUUUUCCGGAGAAAGGUCCAGCAGAGAUUAAUCAGGAGUUAAUGAACAGUGUCAGUUACAACCCCCUUUUACUGCUAACACCUCAGAAAGUCAAACGAUACAUUGAGUCCCUAUGGAAGAAGAAAAGCUCUGGGCAGCCUGUCACUUUUACUGAUAUCUUUGGAAUGUUAAUUGGAGAAACUCUUAUCCACAAUAGAAUGAAUAGCACACUGAGUAGUUUGAAGGAGAAAGUCGACAAGGCACAAUGUCCUUUGCCCCUCUUUACUUGUCUACAUGUCAAACCUGAUGUUUCAGAGCUUAUGUUUGCAGAUUGGGUGGAGUUCAGUCCAUAUGAGAUUGGGAUGGCUAAGUAUGGAACGUUCAUGGCUCCUGAUUUGUUUGGAAGCAAAUUUUUUAUGGGCACAGUUGUGAAAAAAUACGAAGAAAAUCCUUUGCAUUUCUUAAUGGGUGUCUGGGGAAGUGCCUUUUCGAUAUUGUUUAACAGAGUGCUCGGAGUUUCAGGCACCCAAAACAAAGGGUCCACGAUGGAAGAAGAAUUAGAAAAUAUCACUCCAAAGCACAUCGUGAGUAAUGAUAGCUCUGACAGUGAUGAUGAAUCGCAGGACCACAAAGGCACUGAAAAUACUGAUGCUGCCCAAGAACAUCAAAAUAAUAAUCAAGCAAGUUGGGUACAGCGUAUGGCGAUGGCCUUGGUGAGCGAUUCCACGCUGUUCAACACCCGGGAAGGACGUGCUGGAAAAGUACACAACUUCAUGCUUGGCUUGAACCUCAAUACCUCUUAUCCACUCUCCCCUUUGAGAGCCUUUGAUACCCAAGAAUCCUUAGAAGAUGAUGAAAUGGAUGCGGCUGUUGCCGAUCCUGAUGAGUUUGAGAGAAUAUACGAGCCAUUGGAUGUGAAAAGUAAAAAGAUCCAUGUGGUGGAUAGUGGACUCACAUUUAAUCUGCCAUAUCCCCUGAUUUUGAGGCCUCAGAGAGGAGUCGAUCUCAUUAUCUCUUUUGAUUUUUCCGCGAGACCAAGUGACUCCAGUCCUCCUUUCAAGGAAAUCCUGCUUGCUGAAAAAUGGGCUAAAAUGAACAAGCUCUCCUUUCCAAAGAUUGAUCCUUACGUUUUUGAUCGAGAAGGGCUAAAGGAAUGUUAUGUCUUCAAGCCCAAGAAUUCUGAUGUAGACAAGGAUUGUCCCACCAUUAUCCACUUUGUCCUGGCUAACAUCAACUUCAGGAAAUACAAGGCCCCAGGGGUUCCAAGAGAAACGCAGGAAGAGAAGGACAUUGCCGACUUUGAUAUUUUUGAUGAUCCCGAAUCACCAUUCUCUACUUUCAACUUCCAGUAUCCGAACGAAGCAUUCAAAAGAUUGCAUGAUCUCAUGCAUUUCAACACACUGAACAACAUAGAUGCAAUAAAGAAUGCCAUCGCCGAAAGCAUUGAAUACAGAAGACAGAAUCCAUCUCGCUGUUCAGUAUCUCUCAGUAACGUUGAGGCACGAAGGUUCUUCAACAAAGAUCUCCUGAAUAAACCAUCCACAUAAAUGGGAGUUUGGAAACUCCAUAGCAUCUGGAUCGGAAAACACAUUACAGAGGCCAAAUGUUACUCAGGAGAAAACCAAGUGGACAAAUCUAAAAAUCUUAUUUGUUUUGCUGCACAAGCAAAAUGCCAUUAUGAUCUUGUUGAGCUGAUAAAUGACUUUGGUAGCUAGCUACCUAUAAAUUCUGUCGGUAUGAAUUUCUAGAUGAACUUGUGGGAGCAUAUAGUUCAUUUUUCAACAUUCCUUACCAACUGUCUUAUCUAGGCUAUUUUUUUUUAAUGUUGAUUUUUUUUCCUUGAAUAUUUAAUGAGUGAUUUCAAAUAAGAUUUUUUAAAUGGAGUGUGAAUGUUAUCUGCUGACCAGAUAUACCACACCGUGGGACAACACUAUCUCUUAUUUAUAUAUAUAAAAUAAACCACGUAUUUCUAUAUAACGGUUCCCGUAAGGAGACUCAUUUUAGCAGUUGUACCAAUUUUUUAAAGGAAAAGGUGAAAUCGUGAUACUGUAGAUUGCUUUAUAUGCCAAUUAAUGAAUUAAACAGAGGUUUUUCAAUCUCCAGUCUAACAGAUUUUCCAAAUAACAGCUAUUGAAUUUUGCAAUAAGGCCAGUUUUCUUAAGAAGUGCAUAGUACUUGGUUAUUAUUGAAUAAGGGUUCUAUUCACUGGUUCAUCAAGCUGCAAAAGAUAUGUUCACUGUCACAUAGCAUGUCUGUUCAACAUGUUUCCCAUGAAAUAUCUGUGGGCAGUCCAGUUGACCAAUCCCACUCCAUUUUCCAGCUGUUAGCUAUUCCCAGGAAUUUCCUAGCAUGGUAACCAAUGGAAGAGUCAGCCCGGUCAUUGAUGCAGUUGAACUGAUAAGCCUAUGAUCACAUGUUUUUUGUGACAUUGCACCACAUUGCCACCCCAUCCGACUCAACAAAGUCAAUUAGCCGGGAGCAUAGAGACAUGGCCUCUAUCUGCCUCUAGCUCUAAUUUCUGCUCAUCCUCUAUGACCUAUUUAUCCAUUAUAUCCAUUAUUUCUAUCUGUCUUUUUCUUCCUCUUCCUCUUGGCACAGUUAGGCUAGAAAGCCAGAAAACUGGAUAAAGGACAAUUUUAGGAUACAACAUAAUUUGGCAUGUAGAAAAAUCCAGUGCCGAUUAUCCAGUGUCUGGAUCAUCUGGAACCUUACUUCUGCCAAUUUUCCCUCAAUCAAUCAAUCAAAAAAUUGCAUUUAUUGAGCUCUUACUGUGGCAGAGCACUGUACUCAGUAUUGGGAGAGUAUAAAGUAAAAGAUUGGUAGACCCUAUCAAAAAUCUUACAAUCUCUGAGCUUUGGGACCAUAUCUACCAAUUCUGUUGUGUUGUACUCUCCCAAUGCAGAGUACGGUGUUCUGCACGAAAUAAACUCUCAAUAAAUACCAUUGACUGAUUGAGUGAUUUGAGCGCCUAAUUAGAAGCAAUACUAGUGAAUCUAUAGAAAAUGAGGUAACACUGAAAUUAGUCAGUUUGGCUACUUAUAAGAAGUUGUAGUAAAAGAUUUGAUGAAAGAAGGAGUUGAAACUAUUAACUAAAAUGAGGGAUUUGGAUUAUCUGUGAUUUCAUUUAUCCAUUAUAUACAUGACCUUUUUUUUUGUUUUUUUAGUGGUAUUUGUUAAGCACUUACUAUGUGCCAGGCAA